AUGUACAGCGGUGAUCAGAGUGCUGGGUCGCAGUUCGAGGAUGAAAACUCACUGUCGAUAAGGACAAAUCAAAGUACGCCAAUCAAAAGGGCUGACAAUACUAGCAAUAGGACAUCACUUAUAUCAGAUGAUUACGGUUUACGCAAGAUAUCCAGCACUAGUGGUGUCCUCGAUGAGAAGCAAAAGCUUCAUAGGAGAUACACAUCAAGGAUACGAAACAUAAACAACAGCACAAAAUCAACUUCCAGCAUUGAUAAUUACGAUGAUAUAUCAGAUCCAAGCUUUGGUAAGAAAAAUACUGUACAGGAAGAUGACAAUGAAUCAGAGUUGACUUAUGAGUUGCCACCAUUGAAGACUCCUUUGAAAAUAAAUAGACAUUCUGUCGGUUCAACGUUUAAGAAUCACAGAUUCUCAGACGGAGAUUGGAAAUCAAAACCACGACCAACAUCAACAACCUCAUUCAACGAUGCAGAUGCUCUUAAUGACAUAUUUGAGAAUGAAGGUGUAAAUAACAGUAGGUCUCCCAAGAAUCCCGAGUACUAUAAGGUUGAUUUUUCUUCUCCACAACAAAACGUUGCUGUAGACCAACUCAAUAAACAGAUAGUAUCAUAUAGAUUGAAAAUAAAAUCACUAUAUGAGAUAAUAAGACAACUCAGUUCAAACAGUGAAAAUGAAGAUAGAAAAAGAAACUCCUAUAUGGAGUCAAUACUUUCAAAACUCCCUCAAGAUGAUGAAGUUGAAGAGCUGAAGAGAACUAAUAUCAAUCUUGAACACCAAUUGAGUAAGAAAAAUACUUUGCUUCAUCAACUAGAGAACAGUUUACAUACAGUUUCAGAUGAACUGGAAAAAACAAAGAAUGAUCAUGCUGAGACGCUGGAAAUGACCAAAGAAUAUCUCGAACAUACUGAAGAGUUGACAAAACAGAUAGAUAAUAUAUUGGGUUUGUUAUUGAAUGAGCUAGAACUUAACGCGGAUGAAAAAACCACACUUGAGAAUGCACGCAAAAUUGGCACAGCGUUUACAAUUGUAAAAAUGAAGGCUUUAGAAUCGAUAAUACAGCAGCACAUACUUGAUAAAAAGAGUGGUUCACCAAUUCCCAAGGAUUCAAAAGAUGGAAACAAUGAGCUUUCAAAACAAGAGCAUGCUAAUGACAGCGAAUAUGCAAUUGCCAACAGCACAGCAAUACAAAAUCACUUGGAAGAAGACUCUUAUCAGAAAACAAAAGACGAAGACGAAUUUGAUGAUAACUUGCUAAAUUCUCAAAUGGAGGAAGCAAUAGAAGAACUACAUAGAGAAUAUGACAGCUUUGUGAAAGGAAUUAGGGAAAAGUUAGAAAAGUCUGAAAAACUAGAGGCUAUCCUGCUUGAUAAACUAUCCCUACAGAAAUCCAAUCUAGUGAAACUUGCCGACUCAACUGCAAAUGAGAACAACAUGUCUAAAGAUGUCAUCGAGACUUCUGAGUUAGGCGAUCAAAAUAAUAAAACGAAUAUGGAUUUUUACAAGUCAUACCAAUAUCAUAUUGACAAUUUAACCUCACAUAUUGAGAGACUAAAACUCAAUAUAUCUGAACGUGAUGAGGCGGUGGAUUAUUUAAAAGAAGAAGAAGAACAGUUGAGAAUAGAAAUACAAAAACAAAAAGAGAGGUUCAACAGACAAAUGGCAGACAAAAAAGAAUUAUAUAUGCAGAAAGAGUCAAACUGGAAAGAGCUUAUUGGAAGUUAUGAAGACCAGCUUGAAGAGGUUAACUUAUCUAGGAAGCAGCUAAGCAAGACAGUAUCGGAUCUAAAAAAUGAAAUUCAGGAAAUCUAUCAGCAAAGUAGUGAAAAUAUGAAAUUAUUGGAACAAGAUGUUGCUUCAUUGCAAGAGAAAUGCCAAUCAUAUAAUGAUGAAGUCUUCCAAUUAUCCAAACAGAACUCCGCAUUAUCUGCAAAGCUUGAAGCAUUUACGAAGAACUCUGAAAAUCUUAAAUUAAUGUUUCAACAGCUUGAAAAAUCUGCUAAAAAUAAUCAAAAGAGCUUAAAUGAGACCAAACCAUUUACAGAUAGUUUACUGGAUCACCUCAAUCAAAUAUUCGAUAUUCUAGCCAAAGUUUUAGAUGAUCAAUCGAUAAGUCAGGCAAGAAGGAAACUUCGUUCUAUAAUAAAAAUAAGCACCAUAGAGGAUCCUAAACUUCUUACGCACAAACUUAUCACCUUAUAUGAAUAUAUUGAGAGGGCAGCGGAAAGUAUUGUGACAAAUUACAUUGAAGUCAACUCGGUGCUUCAAUCCCAACCAGCCCAAACAAAAGACCAAAAACAGCUUUUAUUGCGUAUAGAAGAUGUACAAAGGAAGUGGCUGUCUGAAAGAGAGAGAAGAAAACUAGAAUCAGAUAUAGCACAAUCAAAGAUCAAGAAGCUUGAAUUAGAAAAUUUGCAAUUGAGAGAACAGUUAAGGAAAGCACCUUAG